AUCUUCUGAAUGCUUGAUCUACACCGCUGCAUAAUACUGCCAUUUUCUGCUAUCUUAUGUCAUACAAAGAAGUUUGCAAUGGCAGCAUCAGAUCCACUGGCCAGAGCGCAAGACAUAAAACGCUGUCAGUUAUGUCCCGGCAAAGAUAGGAAGUCUGCAGCAGAAACCGUGUGUAACACCUUCCAUGUCAACCUCUGUAAGGAUUGUGUAGGACAUCAAAUGACCUCAAAUCCCACCAUACGCCACGAUGUUGUCACUCUUCAAUUCAAAAUCUUAGAAAUCAUUCCACCCCACUGUAAACUACAUCAAGAACAGAAAUGUGAAAUGUUCUGUGAAAAAUGUGAUUCUCCGAUUUGUCUGAAAUGUCUUGCCUCUGGAUCUCAUGAAAACCACGACGUGUCACAGAUUUCAGAAAUCCACACCUCUAGAAAACAGCUGAUAGAAAAAGACACAAAAGAACUUGAAAGUAACAUUGCACCUGUGUUUGAAUCAAUUCUCUCUGAAAUAGAAGAAAUGUUGUGAAAUGCUCUCAAAGAACAUGGAGAAAGACAACAAGUCAUUACUGAAUUCGGCAAAAGAUGCCAUACACUUGUAGACAUUGUUAUCAACAGAUAUCUGAGUGAUUCAAAGACGAGAAGAAAACAAGAUGGUGACUCAAUUCAAACUUUGAAAUCUGAGUUCGAAAAAUUAAAAUCAUCAAUACAAUCAGCUAUACACGAAAACCAUUCUAUCCUGGCUUCCAACGAUUUAUCCAAAUUUACCAGUUACGCUUCGAGGAACGAGCAAUUAAGAAAUGUUCCCUCUAGAUUUGAAUUAACAGUCCCACCAUUGGAUCUCAGAGAACUAACAGAAGAGGCACUGUGUCAAUUUAUUGGAGUCAUUCCUACCUCAAUCAAAACCGACAUUCCAGGACAGGUCUUGCAAGUCAGUCAUCCAGUCUCCAGUGUCAACAAACCAAACAGAAAAUUAUUAGAGAAGCCUGAAGUAUUAGCAGCUCUCAAUACAGGCUAUAGAGAGAUUUACAGAGUAUGCUGUAUUCCUAACACAAAUCAGUUCUAUGUCUGUGGUUACAAUAACAUCAUCAGACACAUCAACACAGAGGGGACACUACUGGAGGAGAUCACCACCGAGUCAGGAAAAUCUCCAAAUGAUCUGACGGUCACCAGGGAGGGACAUCUGGUGUACACUGUCUGGGGAGAUAGUAGUAUCAACAGACAGAAGAAUGGCAAGACAGAACGUCUGAUCAGACUAUUGGGCUGGAUACCAUGGGGCAUCUGUAGUACCUCCACAGACAACUUACUGGUUACCAUAACGUCUGAUGCUUACACACAAAGUAAAGUAGUCCGUUACUCUGGUUCUACAGUCACACAAGAAAUACAAUACAGUGACACAGACAAACCUUUAUAUUCUGAUCCAGGCUUCAUUACUGAGAACAAGAACCUUGACAUCGUUGUGAGUGACAUUAAAACAAAGACAGUAGUGGUGGUAGAUAAGGAAGGCAAGUUCAGGUUCAGCUAUAAUGGAAAUCUCCAAUUAAAGAAAUCUUUUUUUCCCCAUGGUGUGACCACAGAUGAUAUGUGUCACAUCCUGAUUGCUGACCUUGAUAACCACGUUAUACACAUCAUUGAUCAGAAUGGAAAGUUCCUCAGGUACAUAGACAACUGUAACUUACACCGACCACAUGGUCUCAGUACUGACAGCAAUGACAUGUUGAUUGUUGCUGAAUUGGAAACCAACAUUGUGAAACAAAUUCAGUAUUUAGAAUAAAAGUUGAAUUCCAUACUGACUUUGAAUUCAAAAGAAAUUAAAUAUCUAUAGAGAAAAAGUUGAUGCAAUGCUAUAAAUGACUGUAUGUUAAGUGAAACUAUCAUUGUAAACAAAGUUUUUGCAAUAUCAUUAUAUAAACAAUUCCCAAGCACAAUGGACUGAUCCCUUUCUCAGUCAUCAGAGUAAUCAAAAUUUCAUAAUCAUUUGUUACUAAUUAAAGACAGUGUACGUACAUGUACAUAAGGCCAAUUCAACUCAAUUAGUAGAUUAUCAUCCAGGGUCAGUAAAAAGUAUGGGGCGGGUGGGAGGAUUUAAUUUUUUAAUUUUUAUUUUCUGAGAAAAAUAUUAAAGACAAAGUUUAAGGUGUUUUCACAAUGAUCAGUGGACAUGGGACACUCAUGGGACACACAUUUACAUUGAUUGCUAUUCAUUGUUGAAUAACGAUGUUUUUACAAUAAUUAAUGAGCACACAUUUUCAUAACCAUCCCACUUCAAACAAAAAAUAUACAUUCUAGUUAAGGGUUGUAUACACAAUUUUAUUUACACGUCUAACUUCGGCAGUUAUCUAAUUUUGAUAGCUAUAUAAUUGCAAUAUAUAUGCAAAAACUUCCCUUUUUCUUAAGUAAUAAUCAUUUAUUAUAUCUUGGAUUUAAAAAAAAUUGGAGGGGCCGGAUCGACUAAGCAAAAUGGGCCGAAUCGACCAUGGGACAGACCGUCUAGGGAUGGAUCGACUAGGGACGGACCAACUAUGGGACAGAACGACCUGCUACUGGCUAUACCCAGGCAUGCAAGUUUAAAUGUUUCACAUUUGACAGGCUGUUAAAUCUCAAGAUUCUCAGUUAAAAAGAAAACAAAACAACACAUAUUUUCAAAUGGAAGAAUUUGGCAUACAACAUAUGGACCACAUCUUACAAAACAGUGCUCCAAGUUCCGAGUAAAAUGGUCGCUUUUGCGACCAGAAAAUCCCCUUUGCGACUAGAGAUUAUAAUUAAGUCACAUUUUCGCGAGUGGAGAAAAUUUGGGCAUCCAGUAAAAUUUUAGAAUCGGGAACGGAAGUCUGAAUAAAUAUUUUUCAGUCUCGGUCAAAGCAAUCAAGAUGGAGGGAAAACAAGGUUUAGAGCACUUUCAAUUUAUCAAUAGUAAAAAGCAAAAACCUCAGCCUAGUACAUGUAACAAAGAAAUUCAAGAAUCACACAGAGAAAGUUCUGCAUCUAAAGAUGACGUACUAGCAGUGUCUAAAGAGAAAUGCAAAAGUAAAGGAAGAAUCCCAGUCCUAAUGGCUGAAGGAAUUUUCGUGGUUGAUAUACAGAGAUGGCAAUAUGUUUUGCAGAAUUUGUGAGGCCAAUACGCAACUUCCGAGAUAUCAGCUCUUCUGUGAUAGAGAUCUGGAUAAAUGAUUUGAUUCUGCAAAAGUUGAUGGCGUCACAUGUGGGUGGAAUUACUUUAAACUAACGAGCCAUACACCAAGAAGUUUGCAAUGGCAACAUCAGCUCCACUGGCCAAAGCACAAGAUGUCAAACAUUGUCAGUUAUGUCUCGGCAAAGACAGUAAGUCUGCAGCAGAAACUGUGUGUAACACUUGCCACGUCAAUCUCUGUAAGGAUUGUGUAGGACAUCAUGUGACCUCAAAUCCCAACAUACGCCACGAUGUUGUCACAUUCCAAUUCAAAAUCUUAGAAAUCAUUCUAACCCCGUGUAAACUACAUCAAAAUCAGAAAUGUAAAAUGUUCUGUGAAAAAUGUGAUUCUCCAAUUUGUCUGAAAUGCCAUGCCUCUGGAUCUCAUGAAAACCACGAUGUGUCACAGAUUUCAGAAAUCCACAUCUCUAGAAAACAGCUGAUAGAAAAAGACACAAAAGAACUUGAAAGUAACAUUGCACCUGUGUUUGAAUCAAUUCUCUCUGAAAUAGAAGAAAUGUUGUCAAAUGUUCUCCAAAAACAUGGAGAAAGACAACAAGUCAUUACUGAAUUCGGCAAAAGAUGUCAUACACUUAUAGACAUUGUUAUUAACAGAUAUCUGAAUGAUUCAAAGAAGAUAGCAAAACAAGAUGGUGACUCAAUUCAAACUUUGAAAUCAGAGUUUGAGAAAUUACAAUCAUCAAUACAAUCAGCUAUACAUGAAAACCAUUCUAUCCUGGCUUCCAACGAUUUAUCCAAAUUUACCAGUUACGCUUCGAGGAACGAGCAAUUAAGAAAUGUUCCCUCCAGAUUUGAAUUAACAGUCCCACCAUUGAAUCCCAGAGAACUAACAGAAGAGGCACUGAAGCAAUUUAUUGGAGUCAUUCCUACCUCAAUAAAAACUGACAUUCCAGGACAGGUCUUGCAAGUCAUUCCUCCAGUCUCCAGUGUCAACAAACCAAACAAAAAAUUAUUAGAGAAGCCUGAAGUAUUAGCAGCUCUCAAUACUGGCUAUAGUAACACUUUCAGAGUGUGCUGUAUUCCUAACACAGAUGAGUUUUAUGUCUGUGGUGACAGUGACAUCAUCAGACACAUGAACACUGAGGGGACACUACUGGAGGAGAUCGCCACGAAGUCAGGAAAAUAUCCAGCAGAUCUGACGAUCACCAGGAAGGGACAUCUGGUGUACACAAACUGGGGGGAUAGCUGCAUCAACAGACAGAAGAAUGGCAAGAUAGAAUGUCUGAUUAGACUAGAGGGCAGGAUACCACAGGGUAUCUGUACUACCUCCACAGACGGCUUACUGGUUACCAUGGUGUCUAAUGAUGGACAAAGUAAAGUAGUCCAUUACUCUGGUUCUACAGUCAAACAAGAAAUACAAUACAGUGACACAGAUUCUAAUCCAGCCUUUAUUACUGAGAACAAGAACCUUGACAUCGUUGUGAGUGACACUAAUACAAGGGCAGUAGUGGUGGUUGACAAGGGAGGCAAGUUCCGAUUCAGCUAUAAUGGAAAUCUCCAAUUAAAGAAAUCUUUUAUUCCAGGUGGUGUGACCACAGACAGCAUGUGUCACAUCCUGAUUGCUGACCGUGAUAACCACGUUAUACAUAUCAUUGAUCAGAACGGACAGUUCCUCUGGUACAUAAACAACUGUAACUUACAACAACCAUAUGAUCUCAGUACAGACAACAAUGACAUGUUGUUUGUUACUGAAUACGAAACUAACAUUGUGAAACAUAUCAAGUAUUCAGAAUAAAUGUUGAAUU